UGAAUGGAGUUUGAUGUCAGAACAGAAUAGAUGAUGAAGAAAAUGGCUCGGGCCUUGGUUGUAGUACUAGCCGUGACUGUAGCCAUAUGUCUCACUCAGUGUCACGGCCACGGCUUACCCGUUAGACCUCAUUAUAUAAACUUUUACGGAUCAGGACCAAGGCUCAUCCCCAGAACAAAUUUAUCCCUGGAUUUCCUGGAAAGUCAGAACAAAGCAAGAGCCGCAGUUGGGGUUGCCCCUCUUAAAUGGAGCCCUUCCCUGGAAAAGGCCGCACACGACGUAGCAUGGUCCAUGAUCUAUAAUGAAAAGGGUUGCCAUUCUUAUUUGGACCCGAUGAGCCUCAAUCGAACGUUUGACAUUGGCGGCUACAACCAGCACUGGGAUCGUUAUGGAACACUGCCACCGGGCGAGGUUGUGGACAAGUGGUUGCUGAUGAAGAAGUACUACAACUACGCCAAUAACUCGUGUAGUGUGCGCAACAAUAGGUGCGGUUGGUAUACGCAGGUGGUGUGGAGGAACUCGUUGGAGUUGGGGUGUGCUCAGGAAAGAUGUUUCGAGAACCGGCAAAGUAAUGGUAUGACUAUCUGUCUUUAUAGUCCUCGUGGAAAUGUUCCAGGGCAGAGACCGUACUAGCUUGGAAGAGAAUUGUACUAAUACGUUGUGUAAGUGAUAAAUAAUGCAUGAAUGAUGACUGAUGCUGUAUAUUAUAGUGUGCACUGAAGUGCCAAUAAAUUAAAUAACAAACACCAUAUGUUAUAUGCA